ACUGCUGAACUAACAUCGACAACUGCAGGAUCAACAACUUUUGCAGAAAAACCUGCAACCACAACUGCAGGACAUAUAACAACUGCAGGACAGAUAAUAACUGCAGGAACCACAACGGCAACUGCUGAACCAACAUCACCAACUGCUGAAAAAACAACACCAACUGUAGGACCAACGACUGCAGUGCCAAAAACAGCGACUACAAUACUGACAACGAGAACUGCUGAACCAACAACAACUGCUGGUCCAAGAGCUACAACUGCAGUACACACAACAACUGUAAGAUCAUCAACAAGUGCAGUAUCAACACUGACAGCUCCUGAACCAAACACAACAACUGCAGGACCACUGCAGAAAACAACUCCAACAGUAGGACCAACGACUGCGGUGCCAAAAACAGCGACUACAGGACUGACAACGAGAAGUGCUGAACCAACAACAAUUGCUGGACCAAGAGCUUCAACUACAGGCCAAAUAUCGACAACUGCUUUACUAACAACAACUGCAGGACCAACAACUCCAAAUGCUGAAAAAACAACACCAACUGUAGAACCAACGACUGCAGUGCCAAAAACAACUAGAACUGCUGAACCAACCACAAUUGCUGGACCAAGAGCUUCAACUGCAGGCUCAAUAUCGACAACUGCAUUACCAACAACAGCUGCAGGACCAACAACAACUACGUUAACUACUACCACGGGAUCCACAACAAAGACUGCAGGACCAACAAUCCCAACUGCUAAACCAACAACAACUGCUGGUCCAAGAACUACAACUGCAAUACACACAACAACUGUAAUAUCAUCAACAAGUGCAGUAUCAACACUGACAGCUCCUGAACCAAACACAACAACUGCAGGACCAAUAACGACAACUGCUUUACCAAAACAAACGGCAAGACCAUCAACAACAACAUUAACAAAUACCGCAGGAUCAACGACCAACGACUGCAGUGCCAAAAACAGCAACUACAGGGCUGACAACGAGAACUCCUGA